GUUUAUCCAUUCAUCAAAUCCUUGUUUCUGAUUAAAAUCAGUUAAUUAUUGUUAAUAUUUGAUUGUUCAAGGCUAGAAAGGAUCACCGUCAGUGAUUAAGGGGAAUGUCAUAAAUUAAGAUGAGCAAUUAAUGAGCUGAUCAAAGGUUUCACUUUUAUGUUCAUAAUUUGGAUUGAUUAUAUUGGGAGAGCGAGAAAGAUAUAAAAAGUUAAUUGUAAUCAACUAAUCAUAAGUAAUCAUAAAACAAUUAACCUGAUCAAAUGGUAAACUAUCAAAGUGAAUCGUCUCAUAAAAUGAAGAGACAAUCAACAGGUAACAACAAACGAAACAAUAACAACAACAAUCAACUCGAUUCCAUGGUAAAUCCUAGUGAACCUCCUUCUGUUUUAACAGCAAGACCAAAUUCAUUAACGAAACGUUUAUUAAAAUCAUCAGCAUCUUCAUUAACCAAUUAUGGUUACCUUUUAAUUGUAAUUAACUUAUUAACAUUCACCAUUUACACCAAUGGAGUCCCGAUUGAAGAGGUUCAUCAUAACGUUGCCAGAUCGAUUCCAUCAUCAAAAGUAUAUUAUGCAAGUCCCGAUGUGAUUGUUAAAAAUCUUCCGUAUGUAACUGGAGUUCAUGCUGAACAAAACAAGGCUAAGGUCAACAAUGAAGGAGUCAACAUCAUUUUCGCUGACACGUUGACCACUGUUCGGAUUUUUGGCAUUGACCUCACAAAUGAGACGAUAAUUUCACUGACCACUCACCCGAUGGUAAAUGAGAAUCCAUCUUGUGAUGAUUUCUCUCGUACCGAUGCUCUUUCCAUAGCCCAUAUCUCACAUUCAAUGGGUUUCAUUACAUUGAACCUUCCCAAACAACAUGAACGGCUUUACAUGUGCGCUAAAAAUCAAGAUGGACAACAUCAAGCAGGUUGGUAUCACCAGGGUAACGAUCCGUGGUUGACCUUUGAGGUUGAAGGCCAAUUUUUACCUUUCUGGUUACACAUAAUCGCGAUCAUCGUGCUUCUUUGUUUAACCGCUCUAUUUGCUGGUCUAAAUUUGGGACUAAUGUCAUUGGAUAAAAAUGAGCUUCAAGUUGUCGCUAUCAAGGGUUCAGAUUCUGAGAGAGCUCACGCUAAAGCAAUUGGUCCACUUCGUCGACGUGGUAAUUUCCUUCUGUGUACCAUUCUAUUAUCUAACGUGUGUAUUAACGCCACUGUUACCGUUUUAAUCGAGGAAUUGACCUCUGGACCCAUUGCCGUUAUCGCUUCAACCUUGGCGAUCACAAUUUUCGGUGACAUUGUCCCUCAGGCGAUCUGUUCUCGCCAUGGAUUAGCUAUUGGUGCUAAAACAAUUUGGAUCAUGUACUUUUUCAUGCUCCUUACCUCACCUCUUUCUUAUCCGAUAUCUAAAAUUCUGGACUGGUGUUUGGGUGAAGAGAUUGGUGCCGUUUAUGAUCGUGAAAAACUGAUGGAGUUCAUUAGGGUUACCAAAGAUUACAACAAACUCGAGCCCUCCGAGGUGAACAUAAUCUCCGGUGCCCUCGAACUGAAAAGGAAAACCGUUGCCGAGAUAAUGACCCGUUUAGAAGAUGUUUUCAUGUUACCAAUUUCAUCUCGAUUAGAUUUCGAAACCGUUUCAAAGAUCCAAAAAUCGGGCUACUCACGAAUUCCCGUUUAUCGUGAAGACAGGAAAAACAUUGUCGCUCUUUUCUAUGCCAAAGACUUAGCAUUUGUCGAUCCUGAUGAUAAUAUGCCAUUGAAAACUGUCAUCGAAUAUUAUAAACACCCAUUGAUUUUCACCUUCGAUGAUACAACUUUGGAUGUCGCUCUUGGUGCUUUUAAAGAGGGAAAAUCUCACCUUUCGUUUGUCCGACAUCUUUACGAUUCUGAUACAUCGGAUCCCUAUUAUGAAGUUAUCGGUGUUGUUACAUUGGAAGAUGUUAUCGAGGAGAUAUUACAAACUGAGAUUGUUGACGAGACUGAUAUUAUUACCGAUAAUCGAUUGAAACAACGGCGUAAAGCUAAACCUGAAUCAGCUGAUCUUCUUGAAUUUGCUCGAAUUGGUGAAGGACAAGAUGCUACGAUUGUCUCACCGCAAAUGAUUCUCGCUGCUUUUCAAUAUUUAUCCUCAUCAUGUUUACCAUUUACUACUGAAUAUUUAUCAUCAUCGGUAUUACGUCGUCUCAUGGGCCAGAAAAUUUACUUUCAACAUGUUGUUGAUCUUGAUAAAGAUGAAAAAGAGCCAAACUUUAAAUUAUAUACUAAGGACUUACCUGUUGAUUAUUUCGUCAUGAUUUUGGAAGGUCGAGCUCAGGUGACCGCAGGUCAAGAAAGUCUUGCCUUCUUCUCUGGUCCAUUUUCAUGCUUUGGCAUCGAUGCAUUGAAAACAAGUGAAACAACACCAAAUGAAGCCAACGAAACUGGAUCAGUAUAUAAACCUGAUUUCACCGUUGAACUUGUUCAGACAACAACCUACCUUCAGGUACCUCGGAAACUUUAUCUAUCAGCUGUUAAAGCCUCACAAAUGGAAAAAGCUUCAGGACUCAUUGGUACCGAUGUUGGUAAAGCUUUAGCUAAACAGAUAACCAAAGAUUCCGAGAUUACAUCAGAAAUGAUUCUUAAAACAAAUAAUACAUUCAAACGAAACGAUUCAACUUUUAGCUUCAGCACCAAAGACGAUUCCAAGAAUCAGAAAGAUAGCUGAUAAUUAAGCUUCUUUCAUUAGUUAAUUGUUGAUAUUAUUUUGAAGAAAAAUUCCCAAAGAAAUUGACAAAAUUGAUAAUAAUAAUAACCUCACUUCCUCUAUUUCCGUCUUCAUCCAUUUCCUUUGUUAAUAAUGAAACAAUUAACUUAAUCAAAAAAUCAUUUAGCCCAUUGCAAUCAAAUUCAUACAUAUAAAUAGUGAUAUAUACAAUUAAAUCAACUGAUUGUUGUUAGUUAGCCACAAAAUCAGUUGUUUCAUUUUCUCAAAUCUAUUAACCAUUGAUACGGAAAAAUAUAUAAUUAUUGUAAUAAUUUGGAUACAAUUAAAAGUAUCAUUUAAUUGUUUCCCUUUUAUUGGUGGACCAUUAAACAAAAAACAAUUAGACAAACAGAUUAA